UUGUGUCACCCCACUAGAAACCUCACCAUCACAGUGUGUUCGUGCAUCUUUGAGCAUUCGUUCCUGGUAUACACAAAUAUGCUGAAAACAUCAGCUGUAAAUAUCCUAGGCUUGAUAUUAGGACUGUCGACAGUACAGGGUAAUCUACAACACGACCUCAGAGAUUGUCAUGCCUCCUUGCCGCGGAACAGGUACGUGAAGUCGUACGGCGACGUCUGUUUGUACUUCAUCACGAGUAAACAUAACUGGAAUGAUGCCAGCUCCAACUGCCACCAUUAUAGAGGUCGUCUGGUUCAGAUUGAGAAUCAAAACAAACAAAACUUCGUCUACAGCACACUAAAGGCCCUGCACUGGGGGGACAUCCGGGUGUGGAUAGGGGCAACUGAUCACGCACGUGAAGGCACAUGGAGGUGGACCGACGGUACAAAACUGUCCUACGCUCACUGGCAUCCAGGUGAGGGACCGACCCACAGCGGCUUCCUCUUUAAUGCUGGCUACGAGGAUUGUGCCAUUAUGAAAUUGGAUGACGGUGGGAGAUGGCACGACUUUGACUGUGGAGGUAUUGUGUUUCUCGAAACAUCCGUCUGUGAAGUCAAGAAGGUGCAUCAUCCUGUAACAACAACAACAACAACAACAACCACAACAACAACCACGCCGACCACAACAACAACCACGCCGACCACAACAACAACCACGCCGACCACAACAACAACCACGCCGACCACAACAACAACUACGCCCACCACAACAACAACCACGCCGACCACAACUACUAAGCCAAUAACAACUAAAAAACCCUGUUCAUCAUUCCAUCCGGUCGCUUCCCUCGUAAAAUACUACAGAGGCUCCUGUCUCCGGUUUGUUACACACAACAAGUCUUGGAAUGACGCUAACGCUGAGUGUGUUAGCCAGGGAGGGUCGUUACUACAGAUACACGGUCAGCACGAACAGGACUUCGUCUACCAGAGCCUGAGGUCCCUACAUUGGAGUGACUCGGGAGCGUGGAUAGGGGCAACAGACCGUGGAAGUGAGGGACACUGGAAAUGGAGUGACGGCUCUCCUGUUAAGUAUGGCCACUGGAAGCCCGGAGAGGGUCCGUCUCACAACGCCACGAACGCGAACUGUGCCAUGAUUAACGUAGAUGAUGGGAUGUGGUAUGACUACGAUUGUGAAGCCGUUACCUAUAACCAGGCUUACAUAUGUCAAUACAACCAGUGAUUAGUGUAGAAAUGGGACAUAGUUAUCUCCCUUUGUAGGUGUAUGUAUAUAUAGACAGUUUUAACUGCUGUUUUAUAUCAAAUUUCAGUAAGCACGACUGAAUUAAACAUUGUAUAAAAUAGAUAAAUAAAUUUGUGUUCAAAUACCUACGGAGAGGUAAUCAUGUGUGUGCGUUACCAGACUUGAAUUCAGGGAUUAGUCUGUAUUGUGUUUCAUUGAAUAAUAUAAGGAACUCUCUGAACGAUU